UCUGAAUCAUUGUGGUGCUUAUAUUUCUUUACUGUCAUUUUUUGUAGUUGGGUUGCAUUAAAUGUAAACAAACUUCCGUAACUGUCAUAUGAUAAUUUGUUAGAGAAUAAAGGGAUCAAGUUAUAUGUGAGAGUUGAAUAGUUGCUAUGGCGUUAUCAAAGGGAGGUCACCAAGGUUAUGGUGCAGUGAGAGAAUACAGAGAUGAUCCAAACUACGGUGAAUAUAGAGAUAAUAAUGGAGUUUCAUUUGAUGAGCAGUUUUCACAAAUAACUAGAAAUAUAUCAAAUAUCAAUAAUGGAGCUAAUUUGAUAGAAAAAGCUGCCAAGGUGAUUGGGACAGACAGAGAUAAUGGGCAGGCUGGUGAUAAAAUCCAUCAUGUUUCACAAGAUACUACAAAAAUUGUAACUGCCACAACCAGAUUACUGAAACAACUUGGUAAAAGACGAUUAGACAGGUCCCAAAAGUUACAAAUUGAUAAAGUGACUCAUGAUUUUCAAGAAAGUUUACAAAGAUUCCAGUCAUUACAAAAGAAAGCUACAGAGAAAGCAAGGGAUUCCAGUAGGAAAGAAAUGCAGAAACCAAAGAAGUCAGAUUGGCUGGAUGAUGAUGAACCAUUGAUAGAAGAUGACAGCAGACGGCAACAGCUGAUGGCUCAAGAACAAGUUAUAGAUGAUGAUCUAGCUUUAAUACAAGAUAGAGAAGAGCAAAUCAGAGCUUUAGAGGGUGAUAUAUUAGAUGUAAAUGAGAUAUUCCGGGACCUUGGUGCAAUGGUAUACGAGCAGGGUGAACAGAUAGAUACUAUAGAAGCCAAUGUUGAAAAGGCUUAUACAGAUGUAGAACAAGGCACAGGACAGCUACAGAAAGCUGCAACAUAUCAGAAAAAGGCGAGGAAAAAGUUAUGCUGUUUAGUUUUAAUUUUUGUGAUAAUUGCUGCGGUAAUAGCCAUAAUAAUAGCUGUUUCUGUGAAAAAAUAGACUGAACAUUAGACUGGUUUAUCAUCAUCUGGAAAAAAUAGACUGUGACAUAAAUAUUAGACUGGUUCAUUUUCAUCUGGAAAAAAGUAGGCUGUGACAUGAAUAUUAGACUGGCUGACUUUCAUCUGGAAAAAAAAUAGACUGUGACAUGGCCAAAUUUUCAUUGGUAAUUCUCUCCUAAGGCUAGCGUCAGACUGGAAAUAUAUAAAUUAUGAGUAUAAAAGAACAACAAGAGUUGUGCACUUCAACACCUGACGGGUUUUAGAAUGUUUUAAUUCUGUUGUCUAGUUUGGAUCAAUUUCAAUUCAAUUUCAAUAUUUUAUUGAGCAUAUGAACAUAUUUAAAUGUUCUUUACCCACAUAUAUAACAUGCAAGGCGGUGACAUUUAUUACAAUGAGAAGAGCAUGAUUAUGUUAUUACAAUGAACUAUAUAAAUAACUAAAGAACAAUGUUCACAUGAAUAUAUAUAACCAGUGACAGCAGUAAUAUUGAAAUAGAAAGUAUAGAAUAAAAUUUAUCAUAUCAAAACAAAUAAUUUAUACAAAGUUGAAACACAAGUAAAAAAAAUACAAACAUUUGUAAAAGAACAAUAUUCAGUACCAGUACAACUUGGCCCAUCUGAUCACUGGUGCAUGCAAAGUAAAUAAUACUAUCUGGGGCGGUCAUUGUUUUGACUUGACACAAUUGAUAUCAUCAGGAUAUAUACAAGUACAAACAUUUGAACUUGGAAAUGAAAGUAAAGAUGCUUUUCACAUACAGUUGAAUGAUUGCAAUUUUCGCCUCCCCUGGCCACCAUUUUGAGGGUCAAUCCCAAGAUGUUGUAUACUUAAGAUGUGAUAAAAAUCUCUCAUAACUCUAUCAUCUCCAUAAAACCUGAUAAAAAUAUUUUACAUAUUGGUGCUAUAAUAAUAUUUUCCUUCAUAUGUAUAAAAGAAUUUGACAAUUCUUCAAAAUCAGCUGUUUAUAUUGAUGUUUUUAUAUUUAGUUAAUUAUAUUAUAUAGGAUAUUGACCCAAAAAUGGCCGCCACUUUAGCAAGGGAGGUAAACAUUGUAAAAAUCAGAAACAACGUCAACCUGUAAACAAAAGAUAAUAGAUACUUUGAAAUAAACACAUUCAUAGAUACUGGAGCUUGAAAAUGGAAAAUGUAGAUAUUAAAGCUUGGAAAUUGAAAUAUGAAUAAGUGAAAUUUGGAAAAAAAACAUGAUAUUUUGAAAUAUUAAAAAGGACUCCAAUGAGGUUUUUUGUCAUGAAGGGACUGAAAAUAUCUUUAGGAGAGUUCUGUAUCGUAUGAUGUAGGCCUGGAAUUAUAACUUUUGUGCAAAAUUUUCUGAUCAUCCCCAAACUUUGUUUUUCAAAAAUAAUAAAUUUUCUGUACAAAUUGACACAAAAAUGAAAACAUUUAAAUACUUUUAAAAAAAUCAGGCUAAGCAUCACUCUUAAAGUAUUGAGUAUAUUUCUAUACUAUCUUUUGCAUAUCAGUCAGUUUUAAGUGCUACAGUUGAUUUAUGUAAGAAUGUCAAAUUUUUUGUUUUUUGGCUUUUGGACCUCAUUGUAGCUCUUAUAAUAAAGAAUGUAAUACUCAUUGGUCUUUAGAUCGGCAUUCGAUUAGAAUAGAUAAGUGUAUUUUUAAAUGAAUGCUUACAAAAUGCUUGACCCUAGUUUCAUAAUUGAUAACUUUGUGCAUCUGUUUUUCAAUGAGCAAAGAUGAAGAUAAAGACAAACAUUAUAUUCUCCUCACCUUAGUGCAGUAACGGGUUAAGUCCUUCUAAAUUGAAUAGGAUUUAACCAGUUAUUGCACUUAGGUGACGUUCUGCAUCAUUCAUUUAAAACAUAUGUUCAUUUAUAAUGAUUAAAUGAAUCCUUUACAAAAUCACAGUAUCCAUGUUGAUUUAUUUGGUGUCAAAAUUCUUGAUAUUUUUUUGAUUUUGUGCUUCAGUAAAAAUGCCAUAUUAUGUUACUUUACUUUAGUAAAAAUGCCAUAUUAUGUUAUUUUACUUUAGUAAAAAUGCCAUAUAAUGUUAUUUUACUUUAGUAAAAAUGCCAUAUUAUGUUAUUUUACUUUAGUGAAAAUGCCAUAUUAUGUUAUUUUACUUUAGUAAAAAUGCCAUAUAAUGUUAUUUUACUUUAGUAAAAAUGCCAUAUUGUGUUACUUUACUUUAGUGAAAAUGCCAUAUUUUGUUAUUUUACUUUAGUAAAAAUGCCAUAUAAUGUUAUUUUACUUUAGUAAAAAUGCCAUUUUUUUCAUUGAUACCUCGGUCUCAUGAGAAGCUUAAAACUUACAUUUUGUCAAACAGGGUUUAGGAUCCAGUCUAUGAGAUGUAUCAUGUGAUCCAUGCUGUGUGUCAUGUGAUCCAUGAGAUAAUGUCAUGUGAUCUAUGAGGUAUGUCAUGUGGUUGAUGAUCUGUGUUAUGUUAUCUGUGAGCUGUGUUAUGUGAUUUGUGAGUUAUGUCAUGUGAUCUUUGAGCUUUGUCAAGUGAUCAAAGAACUGUAUCAUGUGAUCAAUGAACUGUGUCAUGUGAUUGGUCAAUUUCUGUCAUCUUAUUGACUGGUUUGCACCUAGUUUUAUAUAGAUCUAUGUUGAUAGAGUUUCUACAGGGAAGAAAAGUUCAAGAAUUUUAUAUCGAGGGUUGACUGCAAAACUGCAAAAACUUUCAUGAAAUAAAGAUAGACUUGCAACAGUCUUGUGGUCACCCUUCGAUAUACAUAUUUGUACAAUAGCGCCAAACAAUAAUUUUCAUUUGCUUUUAAAUGUCACAGAUUGAAUGUCAAGAUAUUAAAAUUAUGUUUGUUGUGAUUUUUCCUACAAAUGAUUACUAAGAAGAAUGAGAAAAAUGUUUAUGUCAAAAUGACAACACAGUACAGUCAAUGUCUAUUUUACUCAGUGCAAUUGAGAAUACUGACUAAUACAUAUAAUUUAUAUAAAUAAAAAAUGAAAAUGAAACCUUGAUCAAUGCUUUAGGAAUAUGAAAUCGUAAAUAGUUAAAAGUGAUGCAGACCUAGGUAUAUAAAUCAUAUUGCUAAUUUGCUGACAUGAAGUAGUUGAUAUAAUAAUUGAACAUUGUUAAUAUGUUUUAAUGUUAAAAAAAUAAUUCUGUACAAAGAUAAAUGUGAUAUACAUGUAUGUAAGAAAUUGUAGAAUAUGAAAAUUUUUAACCAGAUUUUCAGCAUUUCUGUUAAUUAAUGUAAUGUUCGGCUUUUAUUAUAUUUAAAAGGUGUUUAUUUUGGCAUUCAAUACAAGAAUGACAGUUAAAUAGUAAACAGACAAGCUUUUUAUUUCAGUUAUCUUUUGCACCAUUUAUUUCACAUUUCCUUAAUCAAGAUUUACUACAAAUUGAGAUUAGAAAAUAAUACAUGUUAUUAACAUAGUUGCAUUCUUUAACCAAAGUUUGACCAUGAUUUGUUAACAUUGGGUUUACUGCUUGGAUUAUUUAUAGCCAAAAAAUGCACCAUGCAUAUGCAUUCCAUUAUUUUGUUACAAAGUAUAUAUUUAGAUUAACAACCUGUCUGAUACAUUUUAUUUCUAACUGCCUGAAUGAAUGAGCCAUUUCAGAUUAUUUACUUCAGUUUAAACCUAACUAACAAUCAUUCGUUCUCUGUGAAUGGCACCUGAGGUUAUUAACAGCUAGCUACAAUGGUUACUUAGAUGGUGGGUUUUUUUUCUACUUCUAGAAUGAGGCACCUUGGGGACUUCUUUUUUGAGUUUGACUUCAAUCUAUCUGGUCUAUCUUGCUAUAUUCACUUAAUCUUUUUAAAUUGAAAUGAUCUCAUCUUUCAUUGCAUCUUUUUUUUGCAACUUUUUAACAUAAGAUAGGCGUGGGUAAAAGUUCAGCUUAUUAAUCUAUUUAGGUUAUGUACAUUGGUGAAUGUGGUUCAACUCAUCCAACUGUUUAGAUAAUGUACAUUAAUUAUGUGGUUCAGCCCAUUCACCUGUCACAGUAAUGUACAUUAAUUAUGUGGUUCAGCCCAUCCAUGUGUUUAGGUAAUGUACAUUAAUAUAUGUGGUGCCACCCAUACGUCUGUUAAGGUAAUGUACAUUUCAUGUAUGUGGUUGAGCACAUCCUCCUGUUUAGGUAAUGUACAUUUCAUAUAUGUGGUUCAACACAUACAUCUGUUAUGGUAAUGUACAUUCAUGCAUGUGGUUAAGUCAUAACAUUUGUUUAAGAUAAUGUACAUUUAUCUAAGUGGUUUCAUCCAUUGAUCAGUUUAGGUAAUGUACAUUUUAUUUAUGUGAUUCGACACAUCUUUCUGAUUAGGUGAUGUGAAUUAAUAUAUGUGGUUCAGUCCAUUAAUCUAUUUAGGUAGUGUAUGUUCAUGCUUGUGUUUCAACUAAUUGUUAUAUACAUAUAAUGUAUGUGCAAGAAAUAUUUAACAGUUGUCUCCCUUUGACACUCCUUACCUGUAUGUUGUACAACAAUCAUGCAAUGUGUUAAUGGUUUAAUUGAUGUAAAACACAAAAACAUCUGUCUAUCCCAACAUGAUUUUCAUCUGUUUAAUGUAAUUAUAAAAUUUGUAAAAUCCACAUUAGAGAACUUUAUUGUGUAUAUUAUUUAUAUUUUAUAUGUUAUGUCUUUGAUUUAUAGAAUAUUUUCAUUUUAUUUGUAAAUAAACAAAUUAUGAAUUAUUAGA